ACACCCACGCUGUUCCACCUCGGCGGGAAAUGCUUCCACUUUGGUCCAUGGCUCGUGUUGAGUCAGUCACCAGGAUAUAUAAAGGUGGCAUGCGGGGUCUGCAUGACUUCAUCCACAAUUGUUUUGCCUUCAACUAACAACCCCUCCGACCCGUCACGUUGCUGAUAUAUAGUAACAUUGACCCCCCUCUGGUCCAACCACCACCUGAAAGACGAAUAAUUCCUUUCUGAAAUCCAUCUCCGCACAAUGAUCUCCGGCAUUCAUCACGUUAAUAUUCUCGUGCCUGAUGGCACCCUGGACCAAGCCACCGAAUUCUACAGCGACACUCUCGGCCUAGAAUCAGCCCCCGUUCCCGAGCUUCAGAAGGGGACCAUCCUUUGGUUUAACCUUACCCCCGAUGGAAGUCAACAAAUCCACGUCAACCUGGGCCCUAACCCCGAGCUCGACUCCCAGCGCCACGCCUGCCUGCGCGUCUCCUCGCUGGAUGAGUUACAGACGCUGCAGAACCGCAUCCUAGCGCAUCAAGAAAGCGGAGGUCCCGCGGCUCCGAUGGAGGUAGAUCGGUUGGGAAUGUGCUCGGGUCCGACGGGGGAGGAAUAUCCGCGUCGGUUCUUUGCCCGAGACUUUGCGGGCAAUCGACUGGAGUUUAGUGUUUAGAUCAGUGUAAGGGGUCGGAAGUGGAUGUUUUGUUCUGCUUUCUUUUGCUUUCUUGUUCUUUCUCUCUCUCAGAUUGAGCGUUCGCAAGUGCAGAUUCCGUUAACUUUCUUCGGUUGUGCAUCGCGUACUGGCUGUUUCCAAUCAAUCCGCAUUUCGGGACCCUGCAGGACAGACCACGAGUCUGUAGUUAACUAUGGCUGGUUGUUCUGCGCAAUGUGUGGAGAACAUGGGGAUGUCAAAAUGUGGGAAGAGUUGAAGAAUCAACGACCCAUCCAAAUACCCAUAUACUAGUAAAAGAAUUGGGUAGAGUAGUGUAAACAAGCCACAAUGAG